AUGAUGAUAAUCUCUCUUACUUUAUGUUUGAUAACUUUAUUUAGCAAAGAAGCGCUUUGUGAAGAUCGGUGUACAAACUUUAAUAAUUUCCCAACAUUGGACUUAUCUCGUUGUUCUAUUAAACGUUUUCAAAGCAAAGAGUCUCAUCCAAAAGUAUUGGCAUUAUUUCUAUCCGAGAACCAAAUUGAGUUUUUACGUAAAGAAGCUUUUCGAGGAUUCACUUCUUUAACUGAACUAUGGCUACAUAACAACCAGUUGAAGUCAUUGGGCAACAAUAUUUUUAACAAUCUCGAUAAUUUGCAAGUACUAUAUCUAGAUAACAACAGGCUUGAGUCAAUAGCGCCGGAUACUUUUUUCAAUUUGACGAAGCUGAAACUCUUGUGGCUGGAUAACAACAGACUCACCUCCCUGGGAGAUGGUAUUUUUAAGGAUCUCGUUGCUUUAAGUGAACUACGGUUAGUUGGUAAUCUUCUUACUGCCGUAACUUCUAAUUUAUUCAAUGCCCAGGCUACUCUGCAGCACUUAGCACUCGGCUACAACCAAAUUACUUUCAUCGAAGAAUAUUCAUUUCUAAAACUAACCAACUUACAAUCUUUGGAUAUAAGCUAUAACAAACUUGCUUCAAUAAAUAAUAAACACUUUAAGAACCUUUCUGAGUUGGUGGAUUUGUUUCUUAUUAGUUCUGAAAUUUUGCAUAUAGAGUCUUAUUCUUUUUCCGAAUUGAAUAUGUUAACUUUACUAGACUUGAGUGAUAACGGUAUAACUGAAAUAGGUCUUAACGCUUUUCCUAACAAUGGCUUGCAAAUAAAACUAACGCUUAAUGAAAAUUUGAACUGUUGCUCUCGGGUUCUUUACCAGGACUAUCCUUUUUACACCAGCCAACGCUGCACUCAAGAAGGAAAUAUAUACUUACUUAGUGAUUUUUCAAUAGACAAAUGUAAUUUCGAGCCUGAGAAUUCCGUAAAGGAGAAAGUUGGAAUACCACCAAGUGGUUUUAACGAAAUGACAACAGAGAGGGACUCUCCAAUUAUGGCCUCAAAAGGAAGACUCAAGAAUUCAAACGUAACUGGCCGGUGCACCGCUGUCAACUUUUUGGCCAUAAUUAUACCUUCUGUACCUCUGCCUUUAAGUGUAUUAAAUGUGGAAGCAACCAGGAAAAUGGUAGCUGCACGAAGACGCCUGAUGUCCCUCCGAAUAGCGCUAACUGUCAAGGUCUCCCUAGGGUUGGGGUUGGCUGUGAUAGGAGUUUUGAGGGUUUGA